AUGACCGAGUUCUCGUCCCGCUCGUCGUCGGGCUCGUCGUCGGGCUCGUCGGGCCGGGGCAUCGCGUCGUGGCUGAAGAGGCGGAAGAGGGCGGCCAAGGGCGGGCUCGAGGGCGACGACGGCGAGGACUCCGACAGCGGCGAGGAGUCGCUCAAGCCCGUGUCCGACGGCGAGAGCAGAGACCUGGAAUGGGGACGCCUCGAAAAUGCUCUCAUUGUGGUGGACGGACAACAGGGCGAGGAGGCCAAGUGGCGCUUCCGAGUCACCCACACCGACGGCGAGAAACUCGCGCAGCCGAUGAUCCUCUACCCGUCGUGGAUCAACGAAGAGUUUAUGAUCUUCGAACGGGAACUUGAGGCGGUGAGCGGGUCGGAGAGGCUCGAGGGCCGGGAGAAGGAGGUCAUCCUGCGCGGCGACACGCGGCUGGAGCUGCUGGGCCAGGACGAGCGCGAGCGCAAGGAGCGCAUCUUCCUCUACUUCUGGAUCCACACGUCGUUCAUGACCGACAGCUCCAGCGCGAGCCGCGCCACCACGCCCCGGAGCAGCGGCACCAAGAAGGUCGCAACCACAACCAGCAGCACAGAGCUAAGACAAGACGAAGGCGACGAAGAAGCAGAGGAAGCAGAAGAAGACAGCGAGUUGGUGCCGAUGAAUGGCGGGAGCGACGACAGCAGCGCGACGACAGAGAACGAGAAGAAGACGGACGACCAGCUGGUGAUGGCGCUGGACAAGAACGACGUGGACCGCGGGAGGUACAAAGGCUGCCCGUUCAAGAAGGCGGACAAAGUCUUCGUGCGACUCCACUACAACUACGACAACUAG